AACAAUUAUCUGAAGCAUUUUUUGCACAUAUUCUCAAAUUUUUAAAAAAACAGCUGAAGUUGUUUAUUAUAAACUUCAUAAGGGAUGUUGAAAUGUUUACACUACUCUGCUCCAAAAUGAGUCAGCUAAAUUCCACUUACUAUUUAAAGAGACAGAGUCAACUAAAUUAAUACUAUUGUCAGGAUUCGGCCAGGUCAGAAUUGGUUAGUUCUCUUUCACCCUUCUUAAAAAUAAUUUUGUUAAAAAAAUUGCUAGUAAUUGUUAAGACAUUAUUUUAAUAAUCACCAAAGAGUGUAUUCUAGAAGUAGUAGUGGAAGGAGCCACAUGAAACUCCAGAAGAUGGCAAGCUGUAACUUGAAGUACUUUCCUGCGCUUAUUUGAAAUGCUCAUAACUUAAUAAAUCAUAAGUGAUCUUGUUAUCAACAGUAAGGUACAUUUAAAUGACAAGUUAGAGCAAAUGAUUUUUUUUUUUUUAAAUGUUCUCAAGUAUGCUUUUUUGUAUGUUUAUACGUAUUUUUAGGUGUCAUGGAAACCCUCCACAUUUUCCUUAAAUAGUUAUAUUUUCUGUUAACUCAGGAAAAUUUACUAAACUUAGCAAAAUAUUACUAUAUUUGUGCUAAUUUUAACAAGGCUUAUGGAAAAACAAGAGUAUGUUUUCUGUAUAAAGUGUUUUCUGGUAAUCUAGCAUUAAAUAUUAACCACUACUAAAGGUUGUGUGUUUAUAUUUGCUUUACUUUGCCUUAUUUGAAAUUGAGCUUGACAGGAUUUCAUUUUCUGGUAUGAGAAAGACAAACUCUUGUUAAAAGUUACAAGACAGCCUUUGGCUGAGAAAUCUAUGGCUGAUAAUUUGUGUGUUGCAGGUUUUUAGACACUGACUUCAAGUAUUCAGACCCAGAUUUCACACUUCAAAUGCAGAACAUAAAAGCAUAAGCAGCUGACCCCCUGAAUUCUUAGAGCUUCACUUGUUGGUUCCAAGGUAACAGGAAAGGCUAGAAUGAUAUACCAGCUUUCUUUUCAGUCUGCUAUAAAGGUGUUGCAACACUUUAAAAGUACAAAUGCCCUGCCCUGUAGCAGAAUUGUUGAAUUACUAGUCGAGCUCAAGUAUGUUCAGGUGUUAGUUUUAAGAAAACUUUAGAGCUACAUCUACUAUACAGCUAAUUUAAAGAACCACUAAUAGAUCUUAAGAGUCAGUAAUUAAGACUAGUUUUUUCCUAUUUGCAAGUUCCAGUUAAUACAUUUUUAACCAAAGUGUAGGAGAGUAGAAAGGAACUUAGAUAACAAUUGCCUAAAUGGAUUUAAACAUAAUUCUGACAUCAGAGAGAGUGACCUUUUCAGAAAUUGAAACAAAAAACAAUAGUGACAGGUGAAAUAAAUACAUUUUAAUAUUUAACUCUUGUCCUAAAGUAUGUGAAGUCAUUAUAGGUCAUAAUUUAUCAAGCUAAAACACAAUUCCUUUCAUGCCCUUUGUUUUAUAAAUGCAGCAAAAUAUUCAUAAUUUUCUUGGCCUACUCUUUUUUUAAUGAUUAACACAAUUUGGGCCUUUUUUAGAAAUAGAUUUGGUACUUAGCAUACACUGGUGGCCAGUGUAUCAUAUACUAAUUUAGUGAUUUUAUUUUGGUUAUAUGCUAGUUUCUAAAGUCUUGUCUUUGUUUUGUUUUUUAUAGCAGAAAAAUAUGGCUCAGGAGACUAACCAGACCCCAGGGCCCAUGCUGUGUAGUACAGGAUGUGGCUUUUAUGGGAAUCCUAGGACAAAUGGAAUGUGUUCUGUUUGCUACAAAGAGCAUCUUCAGAGGCAGCAGAAUAGUGGCAGAAUGAGCCCAAUGGGGACAGCUAGUGGUUCCAACAGUCCUACCUCAGAUUCUGCAUCUGUACAAAGAGCAGACACUAGUUUAAACAACUGUGAAGGUGCUGCUGGCAGCACAUCUGAAAAAUCAAGAAAUGUGCCUGUGGCUGCCUUGCCUGUAACUCAGCAAAUGACAGAAAUGAGCAUUUCAAGAGAGGACAAAAUUACUACCCCGAAAACAGAGGUGUCAGAGCCAGUUGUUACUCAGCCAAGCUCGUCAGUUUCUCAGCCCAGUACUUCUCAAAGUGAAGAAAAAGCUCCUGAGUUACCCAAACCAAAGAAGAACAGAUGUUUCAUGUGCAGAAAGAAAGUAGGCCUUACAGGGUUUGACUGCCGGUGUGGAAAUUUGUUUUGUGGACUUCACCGUUACUCUGACAAGCACAACUGUCCAUACGAUUACAAAGCAGAAGCUGCAGCAAAAAUCAGAAAAGAGAAUCCAGUUGUUGUGGCUGAAAAAAUCCAGAGAAUAUAAAUUACUACUUGUGAAGAGACUGAAACUUUGUUUUUAUUUUAAUAUAUCGUAGGAAAACAUUAAAGAGCAGAUGCAUGGCCAUUUUCCUUUGAUGUUCUCCAGAGUUUUACUUUAUUACUUGUCUGUCUUCUAAUUGAUAUUUUAGGAUGUUUGGGUGUUUGUUACAGGCAGAAUUGGAUAGAUACAGCCCUACAAAAUGUAUAUGCCCUCCCUUGAAUAAAAUUGGGUGAAAAUCUGCACAUCAAAUUGAAUUUCACAGAUAAUAGGGACAAAAUUUAGUUCCCACGUGCCAAACAAAACACAUGAAAUCUCUGCAUGUUUGCAGCAUAUCUGCCUUUUGGGAAUGCAAUCAAGGUAUAAUCUUUGGCUAGUGUUAUGUGCCUGUAUUUUUCUAUAAAAUGGUACACCAGAAAAGGACUGGCAGUCUACUUCUACCAUAGUUAAACUUCACAUUGUUAAUUUCUACAACAUGUUCUUUGGAAGCAGGAAGAAAGUGAUAAAGAGGAUCAGACCUUUUCAUGAAACCAGUAUUUGAUGCCAUAUGUAAGCCUGGCUAAUUGGUCUUAAAGCUGUCAAAUAAGACAUUCUGCGAAAGGUAAACAUUGCAACUGGUUAUAAGAGUAAAAUCAUCAAGCAGCGGUCUGGAGCUAUCAUUGAAGCUAAUAGUGCUGGCCUGCACCAGAAGAUGUCUGCAUUAUUCUCAUUGCUAAAAUGUGUAGUACAGAACUGCACUAGGAUUAAUUUGUUUACAAGAAGAAAUUAAAACUACUUUUGGUUUUCACAUACAGGAGCUCUAUUGAAUAACAUGCAUCUGAAUUUUAAGUUGCAAAGGUAUCUGAACAGUUAAUUUUUCAUGUGCAUCUUUUGUUGAAUGUUUUGGUUCAAGAAAGAAUGUUUAAAGCUUUUUUAAAGACUUCAGUUCUUAAUGUAACUGUACCCUUCUGCAUGGAAAAUCAUAACCAACAUGGCUGCAGUAGACUUCUUAGUGGUAUCCAGCACCACUUGCAGAGGGCUGCUUUAUCAUAUUAAUUGUACUUGGGUGUAGGACUCUAGUGUUCUUGGGUGUGUUGCAUGGGCUGCAUUAUUUACAGCAUUGUACAAUAACAACUAGAAGAGGCAGUAUACUUCACUGAUGCUUGUCUGGUAAUAUCACUUCUGUGUUAUAAUGGAAGGUUUUCUGUGAUGUAAGAAACUUGUGUUUUUUAUAUAUAAAUGAGUAUAGUUAGAUUAGUGUUGUGGUAAUGCCUGUUUUCAUCUGUAAAUAGUUAAGUAUGUACACGAGGCACUACUUCUGAUUUAUUGCAGUGUUGAGUCCUAGUUUUUACUUUUAUUAAAGCAUUCAGUUUUGCUUUCAAUUUUAUGUACCUUAGUUCUGAGUUAGAUUUGCAGAUGUGUACAGAUAGUUCAUAUUUAUGUAUUGCACAUAAUCAUGCUGUCCAGCAUUGAUGCUAUAUUGUAUUAUGUAAAUAAUAAAAACCAUGUACAGAGGGA